UUAGCGAGCCAGCAACGAGAGGCAUGACGCCUAGUGAACGAACGAAUUCAUUCUGAAAGCACAUUUGAUUGUUUCCUUGGUCUCCCAGAAAACUGACUGGGAUAUGUUUGGGAUUUAACGUUGGUAAAAAGUGUGUACCCAAGCGCGAAAGCUGGUUCAUAAACAUUGAUAUCACUCCAAGUAGUGGGGGUAGGUGAAUAAUUUUCCAGCAUGACGGAUUUUCGAGAACGGUUUAAACGCGUCGGCUUCGGUCGGGAAGAUGUGGACGUCAACCGAGUGUUGCGUAGUCAACGUCGAGAAGAGUCUAGGCACGAGCAGCGCAGCGUACACUACAACCGGAAACGCGAUAUUGAAGAUGACAGUGAUAACGAUAGCUUCUUCGAGCCCGAACUGGUCAGAGACCACGAUAAUACUCAAGAAAAAGAGCUGCAACAGGACAGCCCUAAGGAUGCUAAAAAAAAGGCUGCCGGUGUAGUAGACAUAGAAGUUGCUGUGCAGCAAAGACUACUGGAAUUGGAAAAGUGGAAAGAAGAGAGGGCCCGCAAAAAAAUUCAGGAAAAAAAAAAUCUGAAGCCUGCAUUUAAAGUUGGUGUCGUACAUCAUAGGAUUUACUCUCCACCAUUGAAUAAAAAUUCAGUGCCUGUGCCACCCACGAAGCUUUGCAAGAGCAAAGAUGCACAACAUGAAGAACAACAGCCUCCCAAAAGAGUCACCAGAGCAACAGAAAAACGGUUGGCUGCUAAAGCUAUUACAAAUCACCAGAGGCGUGAAGACUUUAGGAACAAAAAAAAGCAGGCACUGGCGAGCGAUAAAAAUGAAAAAAAAGCACAACUGGCACCUCAAAAUUAUAAAUUCAAAGCUCCGAUGGGAGUGACUCCACUGCCUGCGUUUGGACGUAUGGCUUUCAAGGAUAGCAAGGAAAAUAUUGACUCUUGUAAUACUCUUACUGUGACAUCCUCCAUCAGCGAGUUUGGAGAAAAUCUCUCUAGCUUGUCAGAUUCCGUUUUUCUGUCAAGUACUAAAUUUUCCAACACAUCUGAGAUCAAAGGUGGACAUUCAAACUUAACAUCAGCAACAAAUAAUAAAAUCUCACAUGAUUUGGUGGAUAAUUCGUCUGUAGAAACAAAGUCUGAGAAGUUGUCUUCUCAAGAUCAAGAAGUGUCCAGCAAUCCUGAAGAAAUUGAAUUUAAAAAAAUUCUUCUUAGCCCCCCCAGGCGCUUAAAGUCGUCUACAAUAAAGAGAACAAGAAGAUCUACUAGAAAAUCCAUUAUCAAACCUUCUGAUGUUGAACCUAUGAUUAUUGACAGUUCAGAAACAGUUUUACAAGAUCAGACAUCCGUUAAGAUUCAGAACCAUAGUGACGAUAUGAAUAACGGCAGUGCAUUGAAAAAUAUUGACAAAGGGACCAAUAAGAGGAAAUCAUAUGGAACUAGGAGAUCCAAAAAAAUAUUCGAAAAUCAAACUGCAAGUCCCACAAAAUCAAAAGAUGUUAGUUUUACACAGACAAACACUCAAGACUUGAGUAACGUCGAGAAUAUUGAUUUUCAUACAGAAAAUGAAAACAGUAUACAUACUACAAGUGCUUAUCAAAAUAUUAAGAAUGAAGUUAUUGAAGAACCAGUUAUUGACAAUAGUUGUAUUGUCGAGUCACAAUUAAAAGAUAAUCUAAGCAUGAUUAACUCUAAAUUAAAAACCACGACACUGGACUCGCCUAUGUUGCUAUCCAAACCAGUAAAAGCUGUAACAAAAAGAAGCUCCAUAAAAAGUGUCAAAUUAAUCUUAAAAGAUGAUGCUACGCAAAAAAUUCAAUCUAAUAUUUCAUGCAAUCAAGAAAAAGAACAACUGAUUGCUGUCCCGGGUGAUACAAAUGUUUCGAAGCUCAACACAUCGGAAUUUGUAGGCAACAGGAAAUCUGCGAGAUUUACUAAAUCAAAAUCUGCUGAAAUAGCAGUUGAGACUUCGACAGAUCCACAAAGUACCGAUUCCAAAUUAUCUAGGCCCAGCAGAAAAUCAUCAAUAAAUAGAAAAAGCUCCAAAAGGGCAUUAAAUGAUGAAAACAUACCUGUUGAUUCGCCAAUGAAUGAAGUAUCGUCGUAUGUUAACGACCAAGAAGUCCCAAUAAGUCGCGAGAGUGUAUUUGAUUUACAAAACAAACACCUUCUUGACAUCACGCACUCGGAUUUGAACAAGUUCAAGGCUUUGAAAAAAAAUAAGCACUUAAAAAUUGAUGUGUCAACCCCCAUGAGCAUCCAGGAUCAGUCCUUGAUUAAGUUCUCUCCUCGUCAAUCGUUGCGCCUCCAAAAAGAGAAAAAAAAGCCUCAAGCUAUUUUGAUGGAAGUUGAUUCAACCACCGAAACCCCAGAAAGUGGAAUGGCAGAUCGGUGUCUGACCGAAUUCGAUCCAUUGGUGAACGAAAAUCUGAACGAGUCAACAUCCUCGGAGCCGACGAUACGUAGAUCCUCUCGCAGUCCCAACCUCUCCCAGGACUCUCAGUUAAACCUGACCCAAUUAAACGAGUCGUCCUCCGAGAAGCCGCCGGCAUUCUACUCGCCGUUUGUCGUCACUAGUCGUGGCAAAAGUAACAUAAGAAAGGAAGUGCAAAAGCGACGCUUCAGCCAUCAUCUCGGUGCCGAGGACGUACCUACCAAGGAUACCAUCAUGCAGAGUCUCAACAUAUCUGUCGAAGAGGAAGAACGUACUGCCCAGUAUUAUAAGUACAUUCUCGACAAAGAGAUUGAGCGCCUGAACGAGCUCUGUGCUAACUGGAACAUGGUCAAAGAAGCCGAGGCCACGCCUGAAGAGGCUAGCUACUGGAUCCAGGCGGCGGUCGGGCACACUCAGCUGCUUAUCAACAAGAAAUUCGAGCGUUUCCGUGGACUUGUUCUGGAUUGCGAGACCGGUAAGGGUGAGAUGCUGGUCACCUGCAAGGAUCUCCAAGGUUUUUGGGAAAUGAUGUACAUGGAGAUCAGAGAUGUAGACAGCAGGUUCAACAAGCUGAAAGAACUCGAGAAGAACAAUUGGGUCGAGGAUGAGAUCGAGGAGAAGGUGGAGGUCAAGCCCAAAAAAAAAUUGGUGCCUGUAAAAAAGCCUGUCGUUAAAAAGAAGCCAGCAGCAAAGUCCAGCUCGAUCAGGGCGCACAUCAUGGCUGCAAGGAAAAAAAUGGAAAACAAAGAUGAUCAAAUGGACGUGAAUAUGGAGAUCGAUGUGAAGGAGCCCUCGAAUAAUGAACCACAAGUAAAGAUCAAGGUUGACAGACAGAAUGGUGUGCCCAGUAUGAGGAAUUCGCGUCGUUUCUCGACUCCGAAAACGUUGGCGAACGACAGGCCAACGCCGUCCGGUCGAAAGUCCCUACCCGUGAUCGGAAGUCCACUAAUCAUGAUGAAAGUGAGUCAGAUGUGUAAGACGCCUGAGGUGCGGUUGGACGGCUCGAUCGUUUACAUAAACUCUGACCAGACACCUGCUAAAAGUAUUCUGAAAGAUAAAACGAAAGAAGACGUGAAUGGCUUUGUUGCCAAGUCGAAGAAUAAGGUCUUGUUCAAGACCCAGCAUGCGGAGAUCCAGGAGUAUAUUACUCGUGAAGAUGACUCCAGGAAUUCAAAUGAAUUCAAUGAGUCUGAUAAAGAACCAGUUGAGAGAAAACUUGAUUUUGAGGAAGAUAAUUUAAGCACGUCUCCUGUUGAUGAGGCCGAGAACAACAAAGAUCAAGUUGAGCUUAGACAUCAAUUGUUUUUGGGUGAAGAUGGUGUAGUAUGCGAAAAAUUUUUACCUGUCACACCUCAAGCAUCAGUUGGAAAGAGGAGAAACUCUGAGAGAUCAAACAAAAGCCCAAAGAGUGAUGAAAUAAAGAAAUUGAAUAUAAGUAUACCGUCUACACUCAGACCGCGAAGACAAGCAAAGCAAACAUCAGAUAUUGAAUUCGACGAUUCUCCUUUCCAAGCUGAUAGAUUUCCAAGUGAUGGUAAGAAAGUUGUAUCUACUCCAAGAACUAGGCAAAGUUUAAAGCGAAGAGUUGCUAAUGCGGAAUUAUCUGAUGAUGAAACGGCACCCACGGCAACAAAAUCUCCAAAAGUUAGUAGGAAGACACCGAAGGUGGAUAAAAUUCGUAAUAGUACAAAUAUUAGUGACCAGAUCGAACAGAGUGCUACUCCAAGAUUAAGGAGGGCAAAGUCACUUAACUUUGUAGAGGAAAAGAACAGUGAAAACCAAUCUCAAAUUAAAACUAGAAAAUCAAGCUUGAGAAGAACAAUUUCGAAAAUAAAAGCGGAUUCAAAAGAAAAUCAUGAAAAAACAAUGACACCCAAAUCGUGA